AUGAGAAAUCCUAGCUGGGAGUCAUGUUGCAAGCGAGGAUCAGUCCAGUUGCAACUCUUGCCUGAUCCACCUGAGUGCUUGAAGGGCUUGCUCGAACGUACGGACACUCAAGGCCGCCACUUUAAGGACAACCUUCGCCAGUACAACGCUGCCUUUGCCUUUACUUCGUUGGGCUGCGAUAUUGUUUCGCCUGAGGAUCGUGCCAACAACAAUAACAAUAGAGGUAGAUUAAACGCCUUUCAGAUUCAUGGUGCUCUUUGCCACCGUCAAGGCCCCCUGGCUCCAGUUGAAGGCAGUAAGCCUUCCUACACCCAGCUGUAUAUCUUUGAUCCAUGUUAUGCCGCUGAACGAAGACAAGUACGACACAGCAACCUUGAUCCUGAGAUCAUUAGAGAGCUUUCAGUCAUGCUUGCCCAAUGUAACCCCUUCGCACGUGUAUAUCGUCAUGCACAUGAGAUAUUGAGCAACCAUGAGAGCGACAGUAAUAAUAAUGAUCAAACAGAAACUAAUGCACCAUACAUUGUUAUCAGUCCUUCCAUGAGAAUGCGUCUGAUUGAAGGAGGUGACAGACAUAUUCAGAAUUUGCCAACAAUGGAAGAAGUUGCUGCGGUUAUCCCUAUUGAAUAUAGUGAUAGAAGCUUUCGUGACAUUGUUCUUACCUUGAGAGGCAAUAACAGUCUUCGUCAAAACACUGGAUUUGAGCAACACUUUCAGCGUAUCAGCCAGACGCAUGCUGCAUACAUGCCAACACACUAUGUACUUUUAUUCCCU